AUGGCCUCUAUACUUGGUGUAAGUGAACGCACCAUACAACGACGAUUACAACACUUUGGUAUGUCUAUCAGAGGAACGUAUGCAACUCUAACAGACAAAGAACUGGAUUCGACAAUUCAGGAAAUAUUGAGGGUCCAACCUAACACUGUUCGUGGUGUCAGAAUUCAACAAAGGAGAAUCAGAGAGUCGAUGCGUCGUGUAGAUCCAGAAGGAACACUUAUACGAGCACUAGAAUUAAACGUUAUUAACCGUAGACGUUAUUCAGUACCAUCUCCUUUGGCUCUUUGGCAUAUUGAUGGCAACCACAAAUUAAUAAGGUAAAUAUUGAUUUUCAUGCGCACAAAUUAUAAAUUAUAUAUACAUAUACAUAUAUCAUUUGUCACAUCCACCUUGCAACUAUGUAUGGGUUUAAUAGAGUGAGGGGCUAGGUUUAUGGAUUGCAUCCAUGUUAGGUAACGUAUAUGGUACAGUUAUAGAAUACCAAGUCAUUUAAACAUGCAUGAUUAUGUGGCUACAUUGGUCAGCCUGGUUUAAAUAGGGAAAGGUUCUGAUGAGGAUCAUACAUUAAAAAUUUACCUUCAGUGGUUUAAAUUAACUAUUAGAACAUUGUCCAAGACUGUACAUGGAAGUUUUGGAUUGGCCUGGUAUUCUAUAAUAGCCCUGCAGUAAAUUGCAGGAUUAUGCCAAGACUCAAGCUUAAAGAUUCUACAUAGAAAUUCAGGCCUAAUUAUCCCAUAUUAUUACUUGUAGGUGGCGGUUUGUGAUUCACGGUGGAAUUGAUGGGUUCUCUCGUAUGAUAGUUUUUCUGGCUUGUUCUACAAACAACAAGGCUGCCACUGUGUUAAGGCAUUUUGAGCGUGGUGUUGCUGAAUUUGGUUUGCCCUCACGUGUACGGUCAGACAAAGGAGGUGAAAAUGUUGAUGUCGCAUGGUAUAUGUUGACACAUCCCCAACGUGGACCAAAUAGGGGCAGUCAUAUCACAGGACGCAGCAUUCACAAUCAACGAAUUGAGAGGUUGUGGAGAGAUGUGUUUUCUGGAUGCACCAGCGUGUUUUACCAUCUUUUUUAUUACAUGGAAGAGUCCGGUAUUUUGGAUGCCUCCAAUGAAUAUCACAUGGCUGCUCUCCAUUUUGUUUAUGAGAAGAGAAUCAACCAAAGUUUGGAAACAUUUAAAGCUGGUUAUAACAGAGCACCUAUAAGCACAGAGAGAAACCAGAGUCCAGAACAAUUAUGGAUAAAUGGCAUGUUGAGAAACAGGAAUUUAGGUCGGACAAUUGCCAGAGAGUUUAACAAUGAGGUAACUAACAUUUUCACAACCUUCUCAAGAAUGGCACAAUCCAUUCAGUAAUACUGUAUAUGACAAUACACAUAGUUGUGUUUCUUACUCUGUACUCAUUUGUUUAGCCAUUUAUGCUUAAAGAAGUCAAACCUGUCAAAGAACAGUCAUACCUGUUCAAGCAUCUGUAAAAGAUAGACCACUUGGAAAUUAAUUGCUAAUUCAUUUCUUGUUUUCAUUUUAUUAGCAUCCCGCAUUAAGAAAUAUACCACUUACUUGUAUUAUAUUAUUUCACUUGUAGAUCAAUCCAGCAACCUAUGGAAUUGAUAUGGAAGAUCCUAUGCCACUAGAUCUAGAAAAUGAAUUGUCUAAUCAUGUAGAAGUUUCCGAAGCACUGCAACCUGUAGACGAAAAUGCAUGGUUGGAACUCGAGGAGACAAUUGAUCGCAACCGCCCUUCGGCAUAUCAGGGUGUGGAUAUUUACUGUGAGGUUCUUCAGUUCAUAAUGGAAAGGUUGCCAAGGCCUACUGGUAAUUAA